CUUUGCUUUCCUUUUCCCUACGACGAAGAGAUUCAGGUAUACACCGGGAACAGCCUUUGGACUUUCAUAUGCUUGAUUGAUGUCAGUUCAGCACAAUCAGGAAGAGAGAAACGGAGAGUAAGGCAACAAAUCCCACUUCAGGAUGCGCCUUCAGACGCGGCGGACGACAGGAGUCUUCUUCUCAUCAGUCUCAGCCGGCGGGUUUCUCUCAAAGUCGGUCAGAGCCCCAUCCUGCAUUACUUCAACAUGGCGACGGGCCGAGAACAUGAGGGCAAGAAUUGGUGCGGGGAGGGUGGUCAGCACCUUAACGAGGAGCAUCUACGAAGGGCCAUCAGAGCCGCCUCUGCUUCCGCACACCAUACCGGAGCACUUCAGCUCGAUAGUACGCGAAUUUGGCGAUAGGCCGGCCGUCAUCUGCCGCACACCAACCACGGAUCGAGAUGCGCUCCCGAAACUGCCCGCCGAAGGGCUCCCCGCCGCCGUGGAGACGACGCUCAGCUACGAGAAGCUGGAUCUCGCGUCCAAUGCGUUGGCCCAUUCCUUGCGCUCCCUGGGUGUCAAGAAGGGCGAUCGAGUGGCCGUGAGCUUGGGGAACACGGCCGAGUUUGCCGCCCUGACCUACGCCAUCUUCAAGCUCGGCGCCAUUCUUGUCCCCCUCAACCCGAGUUUCAACGUUAAGCAGGUCACCGCCGCGCUGAACCACCUGGGCGUCGAGCUGCUCAUCAUCGGGGCUGUUACCGACCUCGCCUAUAAGCCAUGCCGCGGACGCAGCAACCUCCCCCUCCUGCAAACCCUCGUCCCUGAUCUCGAGUCCGGACGCGUCGAGUCCCCCGAGGUCCCAACUCUCAAGACCGUGGUGAUAGUCGACAACUCUGCCUCGCACCCUCUCAGUGGCUUCCCACCACUCGCCUCCCUCCGCUCCCUGACGCCGUUUACCUCGCUCGUACCCGACCUCACUACUCUCCGAGCCUCCGCCUCGACUUUCGCCGCCCGAGCCGUGAAUCCCGAUUCCCCGCUUUCUGCUACCGACACAGUAAACAUCCAAUUCACCUCGGGCACCACCUCACAGCCGAAGGCCGCCAUGCUCUCUCACACAAACAUCCUCAACAACGGCGCGCUGAUCGCGCACCGCAUGGGCCUCGAACCGUCCGACCUGAUCGUCUGCCCGCCGCCCCUGUUCCACUGCUUCGGCUCCGUGCUCGGCUACAUGGCGACGGCCACGACGGGCGCGGCCAUCCUCUUCCCCUCGCCGGCCUUCGACCCGCAGGCGACGCUGCGCAUGGUGGCGGACCACCGCGCCACGGGCCUCUACGGCGUCGCCACCAUGUUCGUCGCCAUGUUCGAGCUGCUGCACCAGCGGCCGGACCUCAUCCCCCGCGACAAGGUGGCCGCCUUCCCGACGCACCUGCGCAAGGGCAUCGGCGCGGGCAGCUCGGUGCCCGAGUCCAUCAUGCGCCGCCUCUACGCGACCUUUGGCCUGCGCGACCUCGUCAUCUGCUACGGCAUGACCGAGACCAGCCCCGUCAGCUGCAUGACGUCGCCGGCGGACACGUUCGAGAAGCGGACGAGGACCGUCGGCCGCGUCAUGCCGCACACCAAGGUCAAGAUCGUGGACCCUUCGGACCGCCGCCGCGUGCUCCCCAUCGGGGAGAAGGGCGAGCUGGCCGCCGCCGGGUACCUGGUCAUGCAGGGUUACUGGGGGGACAAGGAGCGGACGGAGGAGGUGAGGCGGGUGGAGCGGGACGGGGAGGGAGAAGGGGCCACGGAGGAAGUGUGGAUGUACAGCGGGGACGAGGCGAGCAUGGACGAGGACGGCUACGUGGAGAUCACGGGGCGGAUCAAGGACCUGAUCAUCCGGGGCGGCGAGAACAUCCACCCGCUCGAGAUCGAGAACUGCCUCUUCCAGCACCCGCUCGUGGCCGAGGUCAGCGUCGUCGGCGUGCCGGACGACAAGUACGGCGAGAGCGUCGGGGCGUUCGUCAUCGCGCGCGAGGGCGUCGUGGUGGAGGGAGAAGGGGGAGAAGGGGGAGAAGGGGAGGAGAAGACGACGGAGACUACGCCGGGGGCCAAAGGGGAGGUGCUGACGCGGGAUAGCGUGCGCGAAUGGGUGAGGACCCAUCUGUCGAGCCACCUGGUGCCCAAGCACGUCUGGUUCGUAAAGGAGUAUCCCAAGACGGCGAGCGGCAAGAUCCAGAAGUUCAAGUUGAGGGAGACGGCCAAGCAGUUGCUUGAGGCGGGGCGAUAAGAAGCCAUCAUCCCCAGUCGUU